AAUUGGAGGUUAUCUGCAUAUAUUUGGAGCGCGAUUAAAAGUCGCAAUCCAAUUCCGGUGUUUUUCGCAAAUGUUCUGGGCGGCGCCGGCGACCUCCGCUAGCCCACCGUGAAGCAUCCCUCACCCUCCAGCGUCAAAUCCACACGCACAGGCUCCGCAAAGCAAGGAAUGAUUCAGAGAUGGAGAAACAGAGAGGGAUGGGGAGGACAAGAAGGCUUCGUCGGCGGUGGCGAGGGGUAGCAGCCAGGCCAACUGCGCACGCCGGGAGCUCGGAUCCUCGACUCCGAGGCGAGGAGGUCAAUCCGAAGACUUGGGAGGCCCUGCCGGCUUGGUGGCCUCGCCGGCAGGCAUCGAUUUGAUGGCUCGCCACUGCAGGCUGUUGGUUCCCACUGUCAAUCUUCAGUUUCUUCACAUUCAGGCUUCAGCUGCAUAGUUCAGGACAAUAUCUGUGUCCCACUGCCGGCUGUAGAUUUCCCUUCUCCAGGUAUUAAUCCAUAUACUCUGAAAAUUCCAAUUAUCUUCAACUCCAAUCUGAAGCAUUCCUCUGCCUUUCCUUGUGUAAUUUACUCCACCCCUUAAUUAUUUAUAGCCAAUCUAUUUCAUAGAAAGGACCUAAAUACAGUUCAGUGCUUCAGGUACCAUAAACACUCUGGUGACUGCUUGAAUUUUUUGGUCAUUGUUUGCCAGAAUACAUGGCAAAUUGGAAGCAAUAUUGCGGUAGAAUUAUUUGUUUUACUGUCAGAGAUACAUAUUUCGGAACAGAUACCUGCUCCACAUCAGUUAGCCUUAGUUGCCAAUCACAUAUGUUCAAAGAUCCAUAUUUUCAUCCUAUAACAAGUAAAACAAAAAGGUUAUGCAAAAGACCCAUUCAUUGCAUACUAUCACCUUGUCUUAAUACAGAGAACACGAAAAAACCUGAGUAAAGAACAAAGUAAACAAACCCAUUAAGAAAAUGAUAUAUAUGUAGGCUACAUGAUAGCAAUCUACAAUGCAAAAGUUUUAGGGAAACAAUUUAAACUGUGGUUUGAUUGAUCCUUAUACAGUCUAACUUGAAGAAGAAUGAAUUAAUGCACUAGAAACACAGAAGAAGAAUGAAUUAAUGGAAGAAGAAUCCGAUCCUUCAUUUGAUCAAGAAUAGAAACACGGAAGAAGAAUGAAUUAAUGGAAGUGGAGAAUCCGAUGUUGCAGGGCAGAUUUGAAGAGAGGUUGCGUAUAGUAUAACAAAGAAAGGAUCUAGAAUCAAGAGCUGUACCUUUCCCAGCUAUUACUGUUUUUUUUAAGAAAACAGGAGGGAAUUUUGCAAUCCCCUGCAAUAUUAUAUUAAAAAAAAGAGCCAAAGUUCGUACAGAAUUUUUUAGGAAACAAGGAUAAAAAGAAAUCAAAGAGAGCAUAAAAAUUACAUCAAGAGAUUCAGCCAUUCUCGAAGACUAUUUUUGUGUUACUGCUAUUUUGUUGACAGUGAGGGAGAGGAAAGGUCAAUAAGGCGAAGGGACAAGGAGUCCCUAUGGUCAAACACGAAACUAAUUUAUUGUGCAUGGACCAUUCUCGUAGAUUGCAGUAUUGGACCAACAUCUUGUAUGACUUACUAUUAUUUCUUUUAGAAAAUGGAAUUGUCUCCAUCUCCGCGACGACUUGAACUAUUAAUCUCUCUCUUUAUCCAAGUCUCAAGUAUGAGGCAUUUCAUUCUCCCCUCCACCUGCUGGGUUAUCUUCCUGAAGAGAGAGUGGUACCCUAAUGGAGAUUUUUAUUUCUGCUGUCCUGGGUGAGCUGGCCUCUAGAUCCAUAAAUUUCGUCAUCAGCAGAAGCUCCAAGCCAAAGGUACCAGAUGUGGAGUCUAGCCUGCAAAGGGCUCUCCUUCGGGCACAAGUCAUCAUCGACGAGGCAACAGGUUGCCAAAUCACAAACCAAGCUAUGCUCCAGCAGCUGGAGAUGUUGAAGGAUGCCAUGUACAAAGGAUGUUACAUACUUGACACCUUGAGAUACCAGUCUCAGGACGAGGAGGAUGCCAAAGAUCAUGUUGUGAGUCAUUUUCUCUCUCUGUCCAAAGUAAAUUCUCUGAAAGGGAUCUGUUCUGCCAAUAGAAAGACGAAUAUUUUGGAACAAUUGCAAGACACCCUUGACAAUUUGAGCUCUAUGAUCGUCGAUGUGAAAGAGCUGGUUGUGUUCUUGACCAGCUACCCUCGCCUCUACCGCCAGCCGUAUAGCAUGCACCUACUGCUGGGCAACUGCAUGUUCGGCCGCCAGUUGGAAGCAGAGCUUGUCCGCAGCUUCCUAUUAAGCACACAACCUAAUGGUGCUGAAGAAUUGGAGGUCCUACCAGUUGUUGGUCCAGGCAGAGUUGGCAAGAGCACCCUCGUCGCACAUGUUUGCAAUGAUGAAAGAGUCCGUGGUCAUUUUUCAGAAAUCCUAUUCUUGAGCAACCGUGAGUUCAAAGAUGAGAAGGUAGCCUCUAUGUGGGAAGGAUGCGGGAAGAAAUAUCAUAAUUCCAGGUCGAGCAAAUAUGGGAGAAUUCUAGUUGUUAUUCAGAUUGCUGGGGACUUCAAUGAAGAUGAUUGGAAGAGGUUGUAUGCUGCUUCCAAACGGUGCAUGACAAGUGCUAGUAAAAUCAUAAUAACAAGCCAGUCUGACAAGAUCAUAAAGCUUGGAACAACGAAGGCAGUAACGCUGAAAUGUCUGUCCCAUGAAGCAUAUUGGUACUUCUUCAAAACACUUACGUUUGGAAGCAAUGAUCCUAUGAUGCACCCGAGGAUGGCAAACCUAGCCAUGGAGAUAUCCAGAAUACUGAAAAGGUCGUUCUUUAACUCAUUGAACAUUAUCUGCUUGCUGAGGGAUAACUUUGACAUCCACUUUUGGUGCAAGGUUGUGACCUUUUUGAGAGGGUUCAUGAAGUGGUAUGAGUCCCAAUUCGGUGAGCAUCCAUCUGAUGCUAUGAACCAAAAUAAACCUGCACGUCUUCGGAGAAUGGCAAGCACUUCUGAACAGAUCAUGGUUUAUCAUCAGUAUGAGUGCUCUUCUCAAGAGGAGCUUCCGAAGAUAUCAUUCCCAAGUGUGAUGUAUGGGAGCGUGAAGCCCUCUGGGAGAUUUGAAACCCUAGUAUGGAGGUCUCAGAUACCGCCCUACCAUAACUUUAUCUAUACUUGUGAGAUUCGAGAUCUGAAAACUACAUCUGCUAAGAGGAAACGUUCUUAAUUCUGUCGAAAUGUCAUUUCGACGCUUAUAUAGGUGUAUAUCUGUAUAUGUUUUGAUUGGGUGUCUCGACUCACAAGUUAUAAACAUAGGAAUAAAAAUGAUACGAUGUCACAUGUGGCAAGCGGUAUUGCUACCUUGGCAUAUGUAAGUUACAAGUGAUCGUUAUGGUUACCGAAUAAUGGACGACAGUAAUUAAAGCCAAAGAUUUUUUUUGUCAAUAUAACCCACAUUGACUGGGUUUUCA